ACUUUGUGUAUCCCAGCAUUUUUGGGGUAAUUACUCCUGUUAGUUAAUCACUAUUUGUGGUGUGACUAUAAAUAGGAUCCUUCCAUUGAAUUAUUGUUCAACUCAAAACCUUCAAAUAAAAUUAGCAAUCUUUUGAAACAUAUUUCCGACCAUAAAUUGAUUUACAAUCCCAUGGCUGAGGAAAAGCACCACCACCACCACUUCGGCCACCACAAAGACAAUGAAGAAGACGAGAUAAGACAGCAGCCCUCCUAUGACACCAACAACUACGACGACACUAAUUAUGCUGCUUCUGAUCAGAAGCCGUACCGCCGACCCGCAGGAGACUAUGGAGGAGGCGGCGGCGACUACGACUACAACAACUCGUCGUCUUACGUCGAGAAGAAACCCACUGCUGCUGAUUAUGGGUCGUCGUAUGGCGGCGGCGCAGCCACUUACGGCCAGAACACCAAUAACUAUGGAGUUGAAGACUCCUACGGUGGCGGCAGCCGGCAAGAAGUUAUAGGUGACGACGAUGAGGAACAGAAAGGUCGUCGGAGCCACGAGGAUUACCAAAAGGAGGAGAAACACCACAAGCAUCUCAAGCAGCUCGGCGAGCUUGGGACCGUCGCUGCCGGUGCCUACGCCUUGUAUGAGAAACACGAGGCAAAGAAAGACCCGGAGCACGGGCAGAGGCACAAGAUAGAAGAAGAGGUUGCAGCAGCGGCUGCGGUGGGGUCGGGUGCUUUCGCAUUCCAUGAGCAUCACGAGAAGAAGGCAACCAAGAAAGAGGAAGAAGAGGCCGGCGAAGAAGGGAAGAAAAAGCACCACUUCUUUUAAUUGCAUAAAUUAAUACUCCCCAAUAAUUAUGAUUUUUUUAAGGAGUAUAUUAAAAUUUGAAUGAAUGUUGACAUUAUCAAUGUCUAUAUUCAUUGGAUUUUUAAUAAUCCGUAUACUAAAAAAAGUCAUAAUCAUCUGUUAAAAUAUUAUACAUAUGUACGAAUCUUUCGUUAUAUGCUUCGUGUUUACUGGUCGUAUGUACAACGUGUGUUGGCCGAAUAGUUGUGAAUAAAUUUCGGCCUUCCCCCUUUGGCUUAUGUAUUGUAGUGUUUACUUAUGGGAGUUUGUGUUAUAUACACUGCAAAUAAAUACGUACGUGUUCGGGUU